UCCGGCCCGUGGAUGCCGUGAUAGAACUGGCCAACGACGACUGGAUGAAGGACCCCUCGGCGCAGCUGCCCCCCGGGGUGCUCCUAGGCAUGUACAUUUCAGGAUCAGUUCUCAACAACUGGAAGAAACUCCCAGGCCACCCGGGGCCCUAGAUGAUGCCUUUGAGAACCUCUGGUCUGUCCUAUGGAGCCUCCCACUGGGGAACACUUGCACAGAGCCUGGUCAUUUGCAGUGUCCAGCUGGGCUUCGCUGACACAGCCCUCAAAGACACAUCCAUUGCCCACUGGCCACAGAAGCUAAGGAAGCGGAGGAGAUGAAAGCAAGAAGACACAUUUCAGGGCAGGAAAGAGAAGCCCCACCUAUUUUAGGUGUCUGCUCUCGUCGCGUGGAGCGCUGUUUUGGAGAUAGACAGCUGUGUCUGUCUCUGGAGUUCACAUCUAUAUAAUCACAAUGCGGUGGCUGAGCACUCUGGCGUCUCUGUGGUCACAUGAUGCUGGUCAUAUCAAGUAACCAUUAUCACAUCAGAGUCCACAGGAGUUAUAAAUACACCACCACCGAGCCCCAACUGGAGAACAAUUGAGUAAUGACAAUAGAAAUAGCUCACAUCCAUAAGACCAUCUUUCCCCUUCCUGGAGAACUUUCCUGAGAUCAUCGGCAUUGCAAUGGAGAGACGGCCAGAGCCAGUUGGAGGGAAACUUCAGAUCUUUCAGAAGAUGGAAAAAGAGCCUCAAACAAGAGCUGGGUCCCCCGUGCUCGAGUACCAUGCUGCCUUGAUCACAGGAGACAUGGACCGUCUCAAGCCCCUCAUGGACCAGUUCUUCCAGGAUGCUAACGUGGUGUUUGAGAUCAAGAAGGAUGAGAUGGAGUGGCAGGGGAAAUCCUCAGGCACUUUUGGACUGUCAGGCCUCUGGACCUUGGAGUACAAGCGCGAGCUCACCACGCCCCUGUGCAUCGCCGCGGCCCACGGCCACACCGCCUGCGUGCGCCACCUGCUCGGCCGCGGCGCGGACCCGGACGCCAGCCCCGGCGGCCGCGGUGCGCUGCACGAGGCCUGCCUGGGCGGCCACACGGCCUGCGCCCGGCUGCUGCUGCAGCACCGCGCCGACGCCGACCUGCUCAGCGCCGAGGGCCUGGCGCCCUUGCACCUCUGCCGCACGGCCGCCUCGCUCGGGUGCGCGCAGGCGCUGCUGGAGCACGGCGCCUCGGUGCGGCGCGCGGGCGGCGCGGGCCUGGACACCCCCCUGCACGUGGCGGCGCGGCACGGCCUGGACGAGCACGCGCUCCUCUACCUGGGCCGCGGGGCGAGCGUGGACGCGAGGAACGGCCGCGGCGAGACGGCCCUGAGCGUGGCGUGCGGCGCGGCGCGGCGGCCCGACGAGCACGCGCGCUGCCUGCGCCUGUGCGCGCUGCUGCUGCGGGGCGGCGCGGCGGCGGACGCGCGCGACGAGGACGAGCGCAGCCCGCUGCACAAGGCCUGCGGCCGCGCGCGCCACGACCUGGCGCGCCUCCUGCUGCGACACGGCGCCGACGUGGGCGCGCUCGACUACGGGGGCGCGACGCCGCUGGCCUGCGUCCUGCAGACGGCCGCCUGCGCCCGCGAGGCCGCGCCGCAUCGCACGGUGCAGGCGCUGCUCAACCACGGCUCCCCCACCGUGUGGCCCGACGCCUUCUCCAAGGUGCUGAAGACCUGCGCGCCCGCCCCCACGACCGUCGAGGUCCUUUUCAACUCCUACCCGCAGCUCCGCGUCUCCGAGUCCUGGAAGGAGGUGAUUCCCGAGGAGGUGUUUCAGGUGCACCAGGCUUUCUACCAGUCCCUCUUGGCCUUGGCCCACGCCCCGCGCUCCCUGCAGCAUCUUUGCCGAUGCGCCAUUCGGAAGGUGUUCGGCGGGAAGUGCUUCUGCCUCGUGCCCCUCCUGCCCUUGCCCCCGUCCCUGCAGGAUUUCCUCCUCCUGGAGCCAGAGGGGGUUUUGCACUGACACCCAGAGCAUUUGGACCAAGACGCUUGUGCUCUUCUGGGGGGGGGGGCUGUGGGGCGGGGAGGGGCCUCCCCCGACCCCCAUGCACAAACCCCUCCUGGGCGUGGAGUUGGUAACCCCAGCCCCCCUGCCUCUCAGGGCUGCGUGUGAGGACUGAAACAGUGACUGUGCUGGUACUUGGAUCACAAAGGACCUUUCCACUAAACUAAAAGAUACAGUAUUUCUCCCAGGUUUGUCUCCUGCCCGCAGUGGGUUAGCCUUCGUGCUGCGGCCCCUCCCCCCAGCCUGCAGACCCCCUGCCUUCUGGGAACCAUCCAACCCCUCCUAGAGCGCAGCCUCCUGGAAAGACGCUGUUCCAAACCUGACAGACGGUCACACUGAGGGCGGACACUUCCCAGGAGCCCACAGGUGCUCCCUAGAGCAUCACGGGCCAGAGCCCCCAGACGGACCUUGUGAGCCAGACAUUUAAAUCCUGUGUCACUCCUUUGUCCCGCGUCCCGCCCCCCGACCUCCAACCGAUCCAGCUGUGAGAACAGUCCGUGAAGCCAGAUGCCGGGGCCGGACACAGGUUGAUCGAGGAGGCCGCCGUCCGCUCAGCCCGAACAUCUGGCACAGGAGCGAGUUCUCAAGUCUGGGACUGUGUUAACCAUGGCUUUUAUUUUCUGGAUGCUGGUGCUUUGGCAUCUGGGCCUUUCCGACCCUGGAGGGGCGGCCCCUCCCGGGAUGACCCAAUUCCAAGAGCUGGUAAACGUCUUGGCCCCAAACAACCUUGUCAAAUACAACGCCACCCAUCGGAGCUCACCUCGCCACCACCUCCCUGGGAGUCCAGACGCUCUGCCCCCGCAGGACCAGGACCAGCGACCGGGGACAGCCCCCGUGCCACAGAGCAGUUGUUCGGACUAGCCGGUCCUAAGCCUCACCCAUGCCUUCCACGGAAAUCACAGGAAAGCCUCUUGCCCUCGUCCCCUCCCCCGCCCCUCCUGCCCAGCCCCGGUGCUUCCCCGUGUGGUGUGGUCUUCCUCUCGGGAUUGGUGUGUAAUAAACCAUCUCUUCGUUGGGA